AAAUGUGUCCAGCUGAAUCAAGAGAGGGCUGCUAUGGCUGCCGCUUUUGCUGCUGAAGAGUCAUUGAAGCAGGAAGAGUCUACUUAUUGUGCUGAUGGAAACCCGAACAGUUUCAUUAUUAAGUCACUUCACGACAUGGGUGUUGGCUUGAGCCCAACAGCGGAAUCUGAGAUGGAAGGUGUUGAUUUUGAAGACAGUGAGAGUGAACCUGACAAAUUUAGAGCGAAUAUUCAACUUCAAGAAGUCCAGAACUUUCAGGACGGUCAUGACUUUCCUGUUCCUGCUUCUCAGAGGCCAUGUGACACAGCGCUUGAGCCGUCAGAUCUGGAAAUUCGUGAUGUAGGCACACCUUCCUCUCGCACUGCUGAUUUGGCAAGUCCGGGUGGAAUCUUAUCUCAGAGCAACGGUUCUGUUUCACUGCCAACCACGCCUCAAGUGUGGACACCCCUGUACCAGAAUGGAUCAGGGAGGUCAUUUACUGGCUCUCCAGGAUUUUCAGGUCCAACCACAUCUGAGCUUUUGGCUGCAACAUCCAGCUUGAGAGCUCGAAGAGCAGCUCUUUUGGCAUUGCCAUCUCUCCAGAUUCCGAGCUUUCUUGCCUCCCCAGGGCCUAUUGAAUCAUUUUCUGCCGUUCGUGGAUUUUCUGGGAGCAUCCUCCCAGGAAGUUCCAUCCCGCCAGUUCAAGCUCCUCUGGGACAGCUCAGUUCCUUCAACUCUCAAACCAACCAGCCACGCUCCGCACCUCUGUUACCAUCUGUUGAUUCAGACCCAACUUAUUUGGCUGCUUCAACGAUUGAUCGAACUCCAGGAUGGCAGAAGCCAUGGUUAGGAGAAGGCCUGGCAUCUGACAUCCCAUCUCCCAGCCUGGCUGUACUUGGGGGUUCUGCCACUCCUAGGCAGGAAGUUGUACCAGCUGGUAGGCUUCAUGACUUUUUGAAGGUGGAAAACUGGGGAGCUUUGCGAGCAGUGCCAGCCUCAGCUUUUUCCGGGUUCAUGUCAGGUCCUUCAUCUCCUGCUCCUCCAACUGCUACUGUGCUGGCCCGCUCUCUCUCCAGUGCAGCACUUCUUGAUUCAGUUGCUUCUCCUUCAAUCACUGCUACUGCUGCUGCAGAAGCUGCAGUAGCUGCUGCGGCAGAUGCUGCUGCCAGCGCUGCUAGUCCAACCAAUCCGCUGUACAAGACCGAGCUGUGCCGGUCUUGGGAAGAGACGGGUGCCUGUCGUUAUGGAGGGAAGUGCCAGUUUGCACAUGGAAGAGAAGAGCUACGAGCCGUUGCACGCCAUCCCAAGUACAAGACUGAG